AUGAACACUCACCACCCCUCACCCAACCUUUCAAACGAGAUCAUUCUCGGUAUCCUGCAGAACAUCACCGAUCGAGCAACACUGGCUUCAUGUUGUCAAGUCUCGAGGAUGGCAUACGACAUCGCAUCACCACUACUCUGGAAGAAUUUACGACUAACUCCUUGGUCGGAUCAUAAAAUUCUAGUGGUGAAAGGGAAUUGA